UCCGUGCACUCCACCGCCUAAUCCUUUUCUAUAUGAAAAUGGCAUCCCAUUCUGCUUCCACCAUUGUUGGUUCUCCCUGAACAUUAUUCUUCUUUUCUCUCACUCUCCAGACUCUCCCGCACAUCUGCAGUUAUUUCUCCUCCAUGGAGUUUGGAAGUGUAGUACAGCUCCUUCAAAACAAGGCCAUUUUAGUCACUGGUGCCACUGGCUUUUUGGCAAAGAUUUUUGUGGAGAAAGUGCUAAGGGUACAGCCAAAUGUGAAGAAGCUGUACCUUCUUCUAAGAGCACCGGAUGCUAAGUCAGCCACACAUCGUUUUCAUAAUGAGAUCAUAGAGAAGGACUUGUUUAGAGUGCUGAAGGAAAAAUGGGGUAAGAAUAUUUCUUCUUUUAUCUCUGAAAAAGUAAGUGUGGUGCCUGGGGACAUCUCUCUUGAGGGCUUGGGCUUGAAGGACUCCAGUUUGAGGGAAGAGCUCUGGGAUCAAAUAGAUGUCAUUGUCAACUUAGCUGCAACUACCAAUUUUGAUGAAAGAUAUGAUGUUGCAUUGGGCGUGAAUGCAUUAGGAGCUAAGCAUAUUAUAAGCUUUGCAAAAAAAUGUGUUAGAAUCAAGGUGAUUCUCCAUGUAUCGACAGCCUAUGUAUGUGGGGAAAAAGGAGGACUAAUACUAGAGAACCCCUAUCGCAUGGGUGAGACACUUAAUGGGGCCACCGGGUUAGACGUGGAAGCAGAGAAAAAACUGGUGGAGGACAAACUCAACGAGUAUCGAGCCAACGGAGCUACUGAAAAAGAAAUUACAAUUGCCAUGAAGGAUUUAGGUAUCGAAAGGUACGUGUCAUCUAACUAUUAUCCCUAAAGUCUUAAAUAAACAUCCCUCGACCAUGG